UCCUCUCGCUCUGUCAGUAGGCUGUCCGUCGGUGUUCGUGUGCGUGUGUGUGUGCGUGCGUGUGUGUGCGUGUCAGCUAGCCCCGUCGUCACAAUCAACCAUGGCGGACACGGCACGCGACCCUCCGCCGGAGCUCUCCGACUUCCAGGAGGUACAGGACGGGGAGGACCUGUUCCCGGAGCCGAGCGCCACCCUGGAGUCAGGACCAGCCAGUCUUCCAGCUGACAACAGCACCAACUCAAAUGGAUCCAAACAGGAUUCACUAUUUGAUGAUGACCCAGAAGAUCUGUUUGCAGAGGCCACAGAGGAGGUGUCCCUGGACAGUCCAGAGAGAGACGUCCUGCUCUCCGAUGGUCCGUCUCCGGCCAUCACCCCCAUCACGCCGCCCUGCUCCCUCAUCACGCCUCAUAUGGACAUGUUCACACACUCCUCCUUCGACGAGAUUGAAGAAGAGGAGGGAGGAGACUCCUUCGACAUGAACAUCUCAGUGUCUGACCCGGAGAAAGUGGGUGAUGGGAUGCAUGCCUACAUGGCCUACAAAGUGUCCAUCAAGACCUCCAUGUCUCUGUUCAGGACCCAUGAGUUCUCGGUGAAGAGGCGUUUCAGUGACUUUCUGGGCCUCCACAGUAAACUGGCCUCUAAGUACCUCCACAUGGGCUACAUCGUCCCCCCCGCUCCGGAGAAGAGCAUUGUGGGGAUGACCAAGGUGAAGGUGGGGAAGGAGGACCAGUCCUCCAACGAGUUUUUGGAGAAGAGGAGGUCGGCUCUGGAGAGGUACCUGAUGAGGACCGUGCAGCACCCCACCUUACUGAAGGACCCCGACGUGCUGCAGUUCCUGGAGAGCUCCGAGCUGCCGCGGGCCGUCAGCACUCAGGCUCUGAGCAGCGCUGGAAUCCUCCGGAUGGUCAACAAGGCGGCGGAGGCCGUCAACAAGAUGACCAUCAAGAUGAACGAGUCAGAUGCUUGGUUCGAGGAGAAGCAGCAGCACUUUGAGAACCUGGACGUCCAGCUGAGGAAACUUCACGCCAGCGUGGAGUCCCUGGUCUGCCACAGGAGAGAGCUGUCGGUGAACACAGCGCUGUUCGCUAAGUCGGCGGCCAUGUUGGGGAACAGCGAGGACCACACGGCUCUGUCCCGGGCCCUGUCCCAGCUGGCCGAGGUGGAGGAGAAGAUGGACCAGCUGCACCAAGACCAGGCCCACGCCGACUUCUACUGCUUCUCCGAGCUGCUGGGGGACUACGUCCGCCUGCUCACCGCCGUCAAGUGUGUGUUUGACCACAGGAUGAAGACCUGGCAGAAGUGGCAGGACGGUCAGAUUCAUCUGCAGAAGAAACGAGAAGCUGAAGCGAAACUUCAGUUCAACAACAAGCCGGAGAAGUUACAGCAGGCCAAGGAGGACAUGAGAGAGAUGGAGGGAAAAGUCCAACAGGGAGAACGAGACUUUGAACUCAUCUCCAAAACCAUACGCAGAGAAGUCAGCCGGUUUGAGAAAGAACGAGUGAAGGACUUUAAAAGCAUCAUCCUCAAAUACCUGGAGUCUCUGGUCCUGACCCAGCAGAAGCUGAUAAAAUACUGGGACGCCUUCUUGCCCGAGGCCAAGGCCAUCUCGUAGAGACCCACAGACUGUCCUGACUACAUUACCUACAAUGCACCGCUCCUCCUGUUUACGGCGACUUUUCGGCAGUUAAGACAAGAGAAUCGUUUGAAAUUAAAGUUGUCUUUACUUUGUCUGAUGCAACUAGGAAUGUGAGGCAAUCUGAUUGGACAUUGUCUUGCUGCAGUGAGCUCUGGGUAAUGUAGUCCUGAACCUUUACACGUUGUUUCCCACCAGAACAAAGCCGAUUUAUUUUGUGUUUUGAAACCAAAAAAUCAUUUAAUAAGCUUGUGAAUCUGAUCCGGAGUCAGCGAUGAAGGACUGUCUUGUACUUCCUGUCCCGCCCCCUCACUUCCUCCUUUUCUCGCGUCUCAAAGAGACUUAUUUCCGUUGCUGUAUGAUCGCAAGUGAAGGCAACGUGAGAGGGGGAGGAGUCUCACCUCGGGUCAGGUUUAUAUUUACUUUGAGUUCAAUAAUCUAUAAUCAGAAAUGUUCCGGGUCAAAACCAGAGGAGAUGUUCUUCAUGAUUUAUCAGCAGUGUUACCGGGCAGAUUACGUCGGGACGUUUCAGUUUGAAAAGAACGUGAAACUAUUUUCUAUUUUGUCUUUUAACUAGUAAAAUGUUGUAAAACCUCUUUAAAACCGUCACUCGGAAACAAUACAACCCUUCAAAUUACAGUGUCGUUAUACAUGUGUAUGUAUAUAUAUAUAUAGAAUUAUAUAUAUAUAUAUAGAAAUAUAUAUAUUUCUAUAUAUAUAAAUUUAAAUAAAUGUAUAUAUUUAAAAAUACGUAUAUAUUUAUCUUUAUAUAUGUAUAAAUAUUUAUAUAUUUUAAUAGAUAUUUAUAUAUAUAUAUAAAUAUAUAUAUAACUUGGUUUUCAAGAAAUUUUAUUUGUUUCAUCAAAUAAAAAAUAGUUUCUCCCUAUCAAACAUUUCAGUCUGCAGUUCACGUUUGAGCCACAAGAGGGAGCCUUAAAGUUCGUACUAUCAACUUUUACAACAAUUAAUCUGAUAUGAAAGCCCAGCGUACGAUUUAUUAUCAGAGAUAUGAUCUCUUCUAAGUGGGUUGUAUGUUUUGAGUUGAUAGCUUGGGGAACAAAUGUUCUCCACUGUCAGAAUAAGAUGUUUUAAUACUUCAUAACUGCAGCGUAGGCCCUCGGCGUGUUUCCUCCUCGUCUCCGUUUCCCCUCCAAGAAGAAAAGACUUUGAUGGUUAUUUUAUUUUGAAAAGGGGAGAAAUUAAGAAAAGAAAACCCGACCGUUAGCAUCUAAGUUAGCGAGCAUUUCUCCCCCUGCUGGUCGGUGUGAGCGCUACAGUCAGAAAUAUAGAAUGUGUUCUUGUUUUUUAACGCACACUUCCUGAUGACAACAUCAUUUAUUGUUCAUCUCUUUAUUGACGCAGCAUUGAUGGCUACCGUUUGUAUUCCGUGUCAUUCCACAUUUCUUUGUUGAACGAUGUGCGAUGGUUCAAUAUUUUCAGUUGAUUCUUCUUUUCCUGCAGAGCAUAACUUUAAUUACAAUAAAGGAAUGCAUCUCA